CUCCAUGAAGAAAUAUAUCUAAUUUUCCGCUUAGCCCAAUAUUCUAGAAAUCCCAUCCCGAAAUCUAUUCAAAUAUUCCCUGUUCACUCAAUGUGCUGCUCUAUCGCUUGGACUUUGCCCUGAUCAAAAGAGUUUUUUUUAUUUGAGUAGAACGUCCUCUGAGUCUUGUAGCUCCCAUGGAUCAGUCCAAUGGCAAGCAUCGUAAGCCCAGUCUCGAUCAGGCUUCGUCCGCAGAGUCCUCGAGCUGUGGCCAGAAGCGCAAACUCUAUGCAAUAGAGGAGCAUGAGGAGCAAUCUGAACAGACGGAGCCUGACGUGGAGACGGAGACGGCCUACGAUGCGGAUGUGGAUGAGGUGGGUGAGCAGCCGCCGGAGCACCAGCCGCUGUCGCUGAGCAAAUUGGCCAGCGAGCGAGAGGUGAUCUACGAGCUGUUCCAGCCGUGGGCGCUCAAGACCUACGGGGAUCAGGCAAAGACCAAGACGAUAACGCUGCGCAAGAAGGUGCGCAUCCUGAAGGCGCUCGAGGGCAAAGAGCACAGCCGACCAGACAGCUCCAAGUUUCGCUUCUGGGUGAAGACAAAGGGCUUUACGACCAAACGUCCAGAGGGCUUUGAGGAAGCGCCUGGCAGUCGACGUCGUUGCGAGCCCUUGUCCAGCACGGCUGUGCUCUCUGACAAUCCCGGCGCUGUGGAUCUGUUCGCUGCCUCCAAGAGCAAGGACUUUGGCCGUCGCAUCUACCGGAAGGUGGCCUGCGUUGAGGAGUUCUUCGACAUCAUUUACAAUGUGCACAUGGAGCUGGGCGGACGCAGUGGCAUGCACGCGGGACAGAAGCGCACCUAUCGCAUUAUAACCGAAACAUAUGCAUUUCUGCCCCGCGAGGCAGUCACUCGGUUCCUGACCAUCUGCCCCGAGUGCAAGAAGAAUCUGCGCCCCUCCUCGCCCUCGGCCGCCUCCAAGGACGAUCUGGCCGGCAACGAGAGCUCCUCGGAAGUGGAAGCCUAUCUGAACUACUCCUCGCACACGGAGAGCUCCCUGGAGGCGGGGCCCACGGCCAAGCGUCGGCGUCACUCGAGCGCCGAGCUCAAGGCGCAUGCAGCGCUGGCGGCUGCCACCGCCGGUGGUGCGGCGGCGAGCAGCGUCAGUGCCAGCCACUUGGAUGCCAUUGCACCACCGCCCCCAACAAGUCCCAUCGCUGCGCCGCUCGCUGAGGCGGCUGCCGCGGCAUCCGUUGAGGUGGGCGUGCCCAAGAUACGAGUCAAGCCCCAGUUGCAGCGUCCGUUAAGUCCGCCCUUGGAGCCACAGGCUCCACCACCGGCCGGCCCACAGCUGCCCGGCCUCGACUUGCAGCUGCUCAAGUCCCAAGAUAAUCUUGUCCGCUAUUACGAUUUUAUGAGACGCUUCUAUGCUGGCGGCUCGCUGCUGCCUCAACCGGUCUUAGCGCCGCCCCUCUACGGCAGCAGCCUGCUGCAGAGUCUCAGUUAUCCAACAGCACCAGCCACCACCAGUAGCAGCAGCAGCAGCAGCACCACUACCACUACCACCACUAGCACCACUACAGCCAGCAAGGCGACGCCGGCUGGCGGUAGCUCCUCCCCUCCCCAGGCGACUUCGUCUGGUGCACGCUCACCCACGGUCACGCCCACCGCCUCAGCUGCAGCCGCGGCAACAGCUCCUCAUACACCCAUCAAUCUAACGAAAUCUUCAUUUUCCAGCUCCAGCAACGGCCAGCCCCCGACCACAUCCACGCCUCUUUCUGCUGCACCGCUCAAGCUGGAGCUGCCCAGUCCGCCAAAGACGCUGCCACUGCCGCUGCCUCUGCCCCUGUCAGCUGAUCUGCGUAUACCGCAGGUGUUGCUGCGUGGCGGCGGAGGCGGAAGCGGCUGCGGCGGCGGCGUCGGUGCCGGCAGCACUUCGACGCAGCAGCCGUUGCCGCCACUCGAUCUGGAGCGACUCAAGCCAAUAACGUCCACAUAUUUACAGUUAACUCGCAGCAUGGGCCUGAGCGACGAGGAUGCUCUGCGCUUCGAUAAUCUGGAAACCAUACCAGCAGCACCGGCCACAAGCACCGACACCAGCAGCCUGGUUGGUGUAGGAGGCGGCGGCGGCGGCGGCGUCGGCGGCGGUGGCGUUGGAAGUGGUGCUGGUGGUGCCGGCAGCGGACUGGUUGAUAUUGCCAACAGUUUAAGCGGUGGCGGCAGCGGCGGCGGCGGCGGGGGAGGUGGCAUAACCAACGAGUCGGAGGCCUACGCGGGCCUCAUGAAGGAUGCGGACAAACUGAAACUAAUGCUGCUCGCCUGGAACUACCAGAACUCGACGGCUGUGCGCAACGGCACCGAGGGACCCGACCUCAGCGUUGUGGGCGGCCUUUGGGCGCAAUAUCAGAAUGCUUUGGCCCAGAAUGCGGCGGCGGUUGCAGCGGCCAACAGUAAAAUGGACAGCUCGCUGUCGCCGGUGCCCAGGCAGGAUGCGCCGUCGCCCAUGGAGGCGCAGGACGAGACGAACUCGUCCGGCCAGAAGGAGGAGGAUGAGGUUUCCGAGGAUGACUCUGAUGACAAGCUGGACGAGAAGCUGGCCACUCCACACGAUCCAGAGCGGCUCAAGGCCUUCAAUAUGUUCGUGCGUUUGUUCGUGGACGAGAAUCUGGAUCGCAUCAUACCCAUCUCGAAGCAGCCAAAGGAAAAGAUUCAAGCCAUCAUCGAUUCGUGCGCUCGACAAUUUCCCGAGUUCAGCGAUCGCUCCCGCAAACGCAUUCGCACCUAUCUCAAGUCCUGUCGCCGCAACAAGAAGACACGAGACGGCUGGGAGAAUACGACUCGACCGACGCCCGCUCACCUGACCUCCGUGCAGGCGGAGCAAAUCCUGGCCAUCGCCUGUGAGAACGAGUCGAUGAACGCGAAGCGUAUGCGCAUUGGCCUGGAGCCCAUCACCCACGCGGUGCCGGCGCCGGGCAGCGUUGUGGCCGCCGCAGCGGCUGCCGCAGCGGUGGCCGGCACCAGCACCACAUCCGCAAGCAAUGCGGCGACCGUCACCUGCACCGCAGCCGACGCGGCUGGGCUGAGCAGCGUGGCCGCCGCAGCGCUGCCAUUUGUGAGCGCCGUCGGCUUUGCACGCUCCACGCCCAACUCGGAGCAUGCGGACGGCGCGUUCGGCGGUGCAGCGAACAUUGCGGGCGCGGGCAGUGCAGGCGGCAACAGCACCAGCGGUGCAGCUGGCGGCGGCACAGGUGGCAUGAGCUCUGCGCGCAGCUCUCCGCUGGCAUUGAGCUCGAAUGCGAGCGUCGGCAGCGCCACUGUAACGGGCCUAGCGCUAGCCAACGGCGGCGCCGGAGCAUCCAAUGGCGCCGGCCUGCCCUCCAGCAGCCCCUAUACCACGGACUUCAGCUCGCCCUCGGCGGCCUCGCCCUUCGUGGCAGCCGCAGCCGCCGCGGCCGUUGCAGCCGGCCGUGCGCCCAGCUAUCCUGGCUACUUUCCGGGCGUCGCCAGCCUGGGUAAUGUCACGCCCACCGAUCUCUCCAUGAAGCCAACGACGCUGGGCGCUGGCAGCGGCCUUGCCAGCAGCAUCAACAGCAGCAGCAACAACAACAACAACAUCAACAUCAACAGCAACACAGUCAGCGCACAGCUAAGUGCCGCCAAUCUGGCCACACUGAGCAACGCCAGCAACAACAAUGCCCUGGUCACAGCCACACAGCAGCUGCAACAGUUGCAGCAGCAGCAGCAGCAACAGCAACAACAGCAGCAGCAACAACAGCAACAGCAGCAGCAACAACAGCAGCAGCAGCAACAGCAGCAACAACAACAGCAGCAGCAACAAUUGCUGGCCGCAUCCGGCGACGCCAAUUGCUCGCGUGUGGCGCCCAUCCUCCCACACAAGCUGAGCCCCAACGAGGUGACCGCCGCUCGCCAGGUGAUCUCGGCGUACAGGGAGAGCGCCGCCUUCCUGCUGCGCACCGCCGACCAGGUCGAGCAGCUGCUCGUGCAGCAGCAGUAGGCGUGGCAGCAGGCAGCCUGGUAAGCGCCGCUCACAUUGCUAUUCGGUGGUGGUUAGUGGUGAGGGUGGUGCAGGUGGGGCAGGUGGAUGACGCUAGCCUUGGUGGGUCACUUUCCAGAUUCAAGCGACGCUUAGCGCGCGUUUGGAUUGUUCCUAUAUAAAUUUAAAUUUUAAUUAAAUUACACAGCAACAA